AAAAUCUUAGUGAUAAACAAAUUAUUAAUUUAGUACAAUCUGAAAAAAAUGAAAAAAAUGAAGAAAGUGAUAGUGAUGAUGAAGAGAUACUUCCAGUAUCAGUUAAAAAUACAAUUAGUAGGUUGAAAACUUUUAUUAAAUAUUUUGAACAGCAAAAUGAUGAUAACUCUGAAUUUAAUAUUGAUGAUUUGAAAAUAUUUACAAAUAUCUAG